GGAUUCAAGGAACGUGACCCCCUUAACCUGUUAUCUAAACAGAUUUAGAAUCGAAAGGCAUCACCACAUCAGAUUAUCGACACCAUUUUAUGUUUUGAGUUAACAUAUGUCGGGAUAACAGAUACCUACUAAAACAAUGGCAGUUAUCUUAUAUAUUUUAGCGCUCUGGCUUGUGAUUCUUGCAUAUGCGCAGGAGGUGCCGAUUCCGCCUCGCACUUUGGGAUAUGUAUAUUCAUACGGGAAAACUACAAACCUGACUGCUGUCAAUAUCGAUGCUUUUUACGACCCGCUAUGUCCGGACAGCAAACAGGCUUUUCCCGUAUUACAACAGGUGGCGCAUCACUACGGACCGGAUGUACUUACGCUACGUCUUCAUAUGUUUCCGCUGCCGUAUCACAGGAACUCAUAUCUGGCGGCGAUGGGUACUGAGGUCGUCGAUCAGAUGUCCACGUCUCCUAGUGAUGUUUACGACUGGAUGAACCGUGUCUAUGGCAACAUCUACCAAUUGUCCGGCGCGUCAACCAGAAACAUGUCAGAGACAGCGAUUCGAGACAUGCUGGGAGACAUUGCUGCUCAGAUGGGUUUACAGAAAUCUGCUUUUCUUCUAAAGCUGGCGGAUCCAUGGGUUGACAUGCAAAUCCGAAUGGAUUGGAAGUACGCCUGUACACGAGGGGUAUCCGGAACACCGCUGUAUGCCGUCAAUGGUGUUGUGAAGGUCAUCAGUAAAACCUGGUCCUUGGCAGACUGGAAGAAUGUCAUUGAUCCACUAAUUCAUAACUCGUACGUCUUCCACGUUCCAAACUAGCGACCGCGCAGCCGCAGUAUCCGUACAGACGUAUUCGGUUUUCUGUUCUCUGUGAAUAAAAAAAUAUUGUUGUA